GCGCACCAUGUUUGACAGUUACGGUGGCCAAAUGAAGUUUUAGAAACUCAUGAGAAAAUAACUUGUACAUACGUAUUUUAUUACUUUCUAAUGGAAACAAAGCCUGGCGGAAAUAUUCAGGGUACUAUUUUAAGUACGCAAAAUGCUCAAAUGUUGGUUUCGUCUGGUAUUCCUUCACUUGAUGAAUUAUUGGGUGGAGGAUUACCUGUUGGAACUGUUGCGUUGAUAGAGGAAGAUCUACAUGGGGCCUACUCGAAAAUUAUUCUCAAAUAUUUUCUUGCUGAGGGAAUUGUAUCAAAGCACUCAACAUUUAUAGCUAGUCAAGAUGUAAACCCAUUUAAUAUUAUUAAAGAAUUACCUGCUGUGAUUGAUAGUGAUCCCGAAGAAACAGUUUCAAAAACCAAUGGGACCAGUGAUAAAAUGAAAAUAGCUUUCCGAUAUCAAAAUUUAAGUGCAUCAGAUGGUUCAAAAAUCAACAAUUUUGGUCAUUAUUAUGAUCUAUCCAAAAAUAUGUCUUUAAAUGAUAUAGAAAAUUCAGAUAUAUCAUAUUGGAGUGGACAGAGAUUUGAAAAUGGAUCAAAUUCAUUUACGAAUCCGGCUUACAACGAGCUUUUGAAGUCAAUUAAAGACAAAAUCAAAGACGGCAAAUUCUUCUUGAAGGACAAUCCAAGUAAGAAGAACAUAUUGAGGAUAGGAAUACAUUCGUUGGGAUCUCCGAUGUGGCUGCCGCACAGAAAGGCUCUCCACUCGAUAGACAGUAGUCGGGACUUGGAUAUGUUUAUAUUUUGUCUUAGGGCUUUGGUCAGAUCGGCGUACGCGGUGGCCGUUAUCACAAUACCGACACAUCUCUACCACGAAAUAUCGUUGGAGAGAUGCAUACAUUCAAGUGAUAUUGCAAUGCGGUUGCAAGCGUUUUGUGGUACAGAAUUGGAGAAUAAUCAGAGCCUGUCGGAGUACCACGGGUUUUUUUAUUUGACGAAGCUGGCGGCUAUUAACACAUUGGCGUCUAAACAUCCCGGAUCUGUCGAAUAUGUUUUUAAGUUAAGGAGGAAAAAACUGCUUAUUAGUACUUUGCAUUUACCACCAGAUAUACAAGAAUCAACAGAGGGUAAAAAGAAUGACAUUCCUUCUAUGGGUUGUGGUGGAACUAAUAAGCAUUUGUUGGAGUUUUAAUGUACCUAAUGAUAAAACUAUUAUUUAUUGCAGAGUAUUAUAUUUUCUCCAUUGAUAAAUACAGUUUUGUUAUAAAAAGAA